AUGUCAGGGUAUUUUGUUCGCAUCGGGCCAAACGAAGUCAGCGUCUCUCACCCAGAUGCCGUUAGACAACUCCUACAUGCCCAAAUUGCCAAGGGCCCCUGGUAUGCAAUCCUUAGUCUACCGGAUUAUCGCUAUGUGAACCAGAUGUCGGAAUUGGAUCCCCAACAACAUAUCAGAAAGCAGCGCAACAUCGCGUCGGGAUAUGCUCUUUCCAAUAUCAUCAAGCACGAGCCGCAUUUCGACACAGUUCUGCGUCUUUUGACCACCCGCCUGAACGAAUUUUGCAGAUCCGGCCAACCGGUUGAAUUGGAUCGGUGGUUCACCUUUUUCGCAUUCGACGCUGUGGGCGAAGUCAUCUUCUCGAAAUCCUUUGGCUUCCUAGAACAAGGCAAGGAUGUCAGAGACGCCAUUGCAAACCAGAGACUAUUAGCUCCCUAUGCCGCUGUGAUGGGCUACUAUGCCUGGUUCCAUAACCUGACGCUUGGGAACCCGCUUCUUAGUCGACUAGGUAUCCAGCCAUCUUCGCACGUAUUUGACACUUGUAUUGCGGCUAUCGAUGCGCGCAAGGAAAACCCUGCAAAGCGAAAUGACAUGAUGCAGAAGUGGCUUGACACUCGUGCCAAAUAUCCUGAUCGUAUGGAAGAGGUUGAAAUCUUUUCCACCGCCGUUGGUACUCUUGGUGCUGGUGGAGACACUGUUAGCGCAACGAUACAAGCGCUCUUUUAUUUCCUGAUUCGCCAUCCUCAAUAUAUGGCCCGGGUGCAGGAGGAACUCGACGCUGCCCAGGCCCGCGAAGAGCUGUCGCCUAUCGUUCAAUAUUCCGAAGCGCAGAAAUUGCCCUUCCUUCAAGCUUGUAUAAAAGAGACAUACCGACUUCACACCGCCGUUGGACUGGGUCUUCCACGAGUCGCGCCCCGAGGUGGAAUCACAAUCGCCGGCCGACAUUUCGCACAAGGGACAGUUCUUAGCAUAAAUCCUUGGGUCAUUCACCGGAACCCCGACCUGUUCGGGGAGGAUUGCGACAGCUUCAACCCAGACCGCUGGCUCCAGAAACAAGCUGGACGAAUGGAUGCCUUCUUGAUCCAUUGGGGGGCCGGAUACAACGCAUGCCCCGGGCGCAAUUUUGCUCAAUUUGAAAUAUCCAAGCUUGCUGCCACUUUGUUCCGAGACUAUGAUAUUGAGCAAGUGGAUCCCAACCAAGAGUGGACCUGGCACAAUCAUUUUAUCUGCGUGCCACCUUCGCCACUAGCAUCAUUAUCAAAUGAUGGGACAGUCAGGAUCUGGGAUCCGACAACCGGCCGGCGCGUGGCAACCUUCGAAGGGCAUAGUGAAUCGGUUAUCUUGAUUCCUGGUCGCGGGUCUUAUCACGUCCAUGCCUCACUGCUCAACCUCCUUGCCACAGCAAUAUGGGUAUGGCUUCAAUGA